AUGUUUCAUUCAUCUGUUAGGGUUAUGGGAGACUACUUAAAAGAAACAUUUAAUGCGACAGAUGAAGAAUUACUUUAUCUUCAAGAACUAUUAAAUCUUCGAGAACAGAAACUUAAAUCAUUGGAUAGUCCUCGGCAUAUCUAUGGUUCCCCAUCCGUAGUUAUUGAUGAUUUUCUUUAUCAUGGCGAUUUAGGUCAUGCGUCAAAUAUAAAAUUAUUGAAUGAACUUGGUAUUCGACAUAUAGUUGAUAUAUGUGAUUGCGAAUUAGACCAAGGGGUAUUAGACAAAUUUCAUGUUCUGUGGGUUAAUAUAAAUGAUGAACUCCGUGUUGACAUAAGAAAAUAUUUUGAAGAAACCAAUCAAUUUUUACAUGAAUGCAAAGAAAAAAAUGAGAAAGUUUUAGUUCACUGUCAAAUGGGAAUAUCGCGUUCAUCAUCAGUUGUUCUGGCUUAUUUAAUGAAAUAUCAUCAUGAUUCGUUAUUGAAAGCUUAUGAUUAUUUGAUUGAAAAACGACGUGUUGCUGCACCGAACUUGUCGUUCUUUUUACAACUCAUUCGCUAUGAAAAAGAAUUACGCACAACAAAAGAAAUCGAUGAAAGUAAACAUAAUGAUGAUCAACAGAAUCCAAUCGAAAAGCUUGAUUCAAAUCAAGAUCCAGCUGCAUUAAAUACCGAAACAGAAGAUGGGCCGCCAAUUGAAAAAUCAAAUUAA